AUGGUCUCGACACCGGCCGAAGUGCAUCCACCGGGCGGCGCAUCUCCCGUCACCGACGAGAAGCUCCCGGCUCCUGAAACCACAGCAGCAACAACUACAACGACACCAUCCACAAUCCUCCCUGCGACCGAAGAGAAAACGACGAUUGCCUCUGCUGCCUCAACAACGGCGGCGGCCAUUCCGGAAGCGCAACAGCCGGGUGGAAAGGUGGAAGAAGAAGAUGACUUGGUCACCAAAGUGCUCAAGUUCUUGUCGACCGCGACACCCGAGACUCUAGGUGCUGUUGCAGUCGGCCUGGCAGCUUCGACAUACUUCAUCCUUGGAAAGGUUGGACUCGUUCUGAUCGGCGCUUUUGGCGGCAUUGUCGCCUUCAUUUCGUACGAAGCGCGCCAUCCAGAGGUGUCCCGGGCGGUCCGAGGCGAGAAGGGAAUUGACGUCCUUCAGCGCCUGGCCUUGGUCAAGAUCGCAGAGCCACCCAAGAACGACGAGGAAGAGGAAGAUCGACUUAUCCAUGGAUUCGACGAUUUCCAGCCCGAGACGCGUGAGGCGUUGACUGGCUUGGUGGACGCCGUCAUCCGCGACUACGUCAAGUGGUGGUAUAACCCGAUUCUUCCGACGGACAGCUCGUUCCCCCUUUCCUGUCGGAGACUCCUCAACUCGUUUCUCCUCUCCGUGUCGAACCACCUCUACCGCAAACGACCCGCCGAUUCAUUCCUCGACUUCAUGACCAAUGCGUCGUCCAUGUUCAUCGUCUUCCUCUCCGAGUUGUCCUCUGCCUUCACCGACCAGAACAACGAACCGAACUCGACAGCUCCAGAGGUCAUCUCCAAGUACCUCGAAGAAAACCCCAACUCUAAUCUGGCCAAUCUUCUGAGUCGGUCUCAACAGGCUGCAAAAUUCCACAAUGUCGCAGACGACCUCCUUGGGUUUCUGGAACGAUCGGCAUACAAUUGCGACCCUGCUCGCGUGUUCCUCCGGGAAAUUCUGGCAGGAGUCAUUCUUGAGAUGACCUUGCAGUCAUGCUCGUCGCCGGAGUGGAUCAAUGCCUGGAUCGUCUACCUUUUGGAAGCCGGAGAACCAGACUUUAGUCAGGCUAUCGACGUUGGCAUGCAGACGGGUCCCGAGGCAGCUACUGCCAGCGCUGCCAGCGCGGUCAACAAUGCGAAUGCCUUCAUUGAUAUUGACGGAAACGUCGGCAACAUCGCCCUGACCAAGGGAAACCGCAACUCUUUAGAUAUGGAACGCGAGCGCCGCAAAGGAUCAUUGGUCUCACACAAGAAGCAGCUCAGCAAAGCUGAUGAAGAGAUGGAAGAAGCUAUGGAGGAGAUGAAGCGAAUGAAUGCUCUGAUCGCCGAAGAAGAAGCUAAGAGAGUCAAGACGCGACAGAGCGUUGACUCGGCGUCUAAACCGACAGUACAGACUACUGAGAGCAACAUUGUGUCUUCCCCUGGGGAGCUGUCACCGAGGUCCUUGUCUUCCGCGGAGAAGCCGUCAACGAAUGGUUCGAGUGGGUCGAAUGAGUCCGACGUUUCUAAGCGGGAAAGCAUGCACUCGCCUGUCACGGACUCUUCCAGCCAGAAGUCGUCGCCGAAACAGCCUUCAUCCAAACACGCCUCGAGCGGGAGCGCAUCCCAAUUUUUGAACUUUGACCAGAUCGUGCCGCCCGCGAAGGAGGAGCCCGAGGUUCCUGAGGAGAGCUCUCGCAAGCUUCCUCUGACACUGCACAACGCUACCAUCACUCUGUAUGAGGAUGGCAACGACAAUAACCGUAUUCGAAGCAAGCCCAAUUGGGACUACAUGGUUCAGAUUGAGCCAUCUUCGUCUCACUACCCCGGCUGGAUGAUUGUGAGGCAGUACUCUGACUUUGAGACUCUGCACGAGAUCUUGAGACGUAUUGCAAACAUUUCGGGCGUGACAGCUUUUACCGAGCAGCAUGCUGCGCUUCCUAACUGGAAGUCGCACACGCGGGCGUCGCUACGUGGUGAACUGGAGCGCUAUGUGAAGGACGCCUGUUGGUAUAAGUCACUCGCAGAGAGCGAGGGCAUGAAACGCUUCCUUGAGAAAGAUUCAGGCCACGGCCACAGUAACUCCAAGUCAGGUCUCCCGUGGGACACGGUUGGCAAGAACAUGUUGGACGUCUUGACAAUGGGCCCCAAGGGUGCCAUGGAGGGCGGCAAGGCAGUGUUUGGCGGCGUGACUGGCAUGUUCAACAACAUCGGUCUCGGCCCCAGAAAGAACACCGCAUCCUCGUUGUCGGAAAUCCAAACAACAAAUCAUCGCUGGUCUACGGGAACACCACCAAGGAUGGACAGUACUACCAGUCUAAACGCAGCACUGACUUCGCCGACGACGGGAGUGGGCCCUCGGAAGGGUCGGGACAGUCUUGACAGCCAAAGAUCUUCGAUUGUCUCGACUCAGCCAGGCAAGAUCGCCCCUAUGGAACGUCGACCUAGCUUUGACCCUCGAGGCGAUACCGAGGCAGACAGCCUCAAGCCUCGUUCCGAUCGCUGGGAGAGGAACACUCCAAGUGCUACUGGCAGUCGCGAACAUAGUAGAGCCUCGAGCUUGGCGCCUUUGCAGUCACCCGCCCUUCGAUCCCCCUCAUCCACGAGCCUCGAUGUCAUGAACCUUCAGUACCUGCCUCCACCGCCGGACGAGAUGCCUGAAGACUACCAGUCGCCUACUCAAGGGGACAUGCAGGCUAAGAUGGACGAAGUCAUUUCCCCGCGCAACUCCACGGGGGCUCUUUCGCCGGGCCUUCCGCAGACGCAGUCGAAGAAGAAGGAGGCGAAGCCUGCACGGCAAUACUCUCCUCUUCAGGAGCAGGAAACCAAUGUGGCUGUUGAGCUGGUCUUCGCAAUUAUUAAUGAGAUGUACACGCUCUCAUCCGCUUGGAACAUUCGACGAACUCUGCUAGCUGCAGCAAAGUCGUUCCUUUUGCGACCCGGUAACCCGUCCUUGAUCGCGAUCCAAAAGAUGAUGCAGGAAUCCGUCAUCGACGCCAACACCAAGGACGAAGGACUCGCAUACCACCUCCGCAAGCUGAGAGAGAAUACGAUGCCGACUGAUGAGGAGCGGGCCACCUGGCCUGCCGAGAUGACAGAGGAAGAGAAGGAAAAGCUGCGCAUCAAGGCACGCAACCUCUUGAUCAAACGAGGUGUUCCGGCUGCUUUGUCUGGCGUUAUGGGACAGGCGGCGACGACCGACGCCUUGGGACGCAUCUUUGACAGUCUUCAGAUUCAAGAGGUGGCGCGAGGCUUCAUGUUUGGCAUGAUGCUCCAGGCUGUGAGGGUCGUCAAACUGGCUGGGUGGUGGAGUGGUUCAAGGUCAACAAUUAAAUACCUACGCCCAACAGCCUACUCGACGACAGGCUCCGAUAGGAUAAUCUUCGAGCCUUCAUUCCUAUAUCCUCGAGGUGUCACAAUGGCUUCAGACUCACGAGACCGCGGCAUCCGCAUCGCCAUCGACCGUGGCGGCACCUUCACCGACUGCGUCGGCGAGCUCAACGGAAAAGAGACAAUCAUAAAGCUCCUCUCCGAAGACCCAGCCAACUAUGAAGAUGCGCCCCUCGAGGGAAUCAGGCGCAUCAUGUCGCACUUCCUCGACCGGGAAAUCCCCCGCGGCGAGGCCCUCGAUACCAAGAGGAUCGAUUCCAUCCGCAUGGGCACCACUGUGGCCACGAAUGCCUUGCUAGAGCGCAAGGGCGAGAAGAUCGCCAUGGUCGUGACAAAGGGGUUCAAGGACUGUCUCGCCAUCGGCAACCAGAGCAGGCCCAAGAUCUUCGACCUGGCAAUUCGAAAGCCGGAUGUGCUUUAUGAGAGAGUCGUCGAGAUUGAUGAGCGCGUUACGCUGGAGGAUUAUGCGGAGGACCCGACGAGGCAUUUGACUGAAGUGUCUGCCAAGGCUGGAACGCCAGAGGCAGCUCGAGAGGAGCUUGUUCAGGGGACAUCGGGGGAGGCUGUGAGGAUAUUACAGCGUCCCGAGGCACAGAGUAUCAAGGAUCAGUUGCAGGAGGUCUACGACUCGGGUAUCCGAAGUAUUGCGGUGUGUUUGAUGCACGGCUACACCUUUCCCGACCACGAAGCCUUGGUCGGGAAGAUUGCAAAGGAAAUUGGCUUCAAGCACAUUUCUCUCAGUCACGAACUCAUGCCCAUGAUCAAGCUGGUUUCGCGAGCGACAUCUGUUUGCGCGGACGCAUAUCUGACACCAGCAAUCAAAAAGUACAUCUCGGGUUUCCAGGCUGGAUUUGAAGGUGGUCUGGGGACAAGAAGCGUUCAGCAGGAAGAAGGUGCCAAGGGCGCCCGAUGCGAGUUUAUGCAGAGCGACGGCGGCCUGGUCGACGUGGAGAACUUCACCGGACUCAAGGCCAUUCUUUCCGGCCCGGCCGGCGGUGUUGUGGGGUACGCCAUCACGUCGUACGACGAAGAGACAAAGAUCCCCGUGAUUGGAUUCGAUAUGGGUGGCACGAGCACCGACGUCUCUCGAUUCGGCGAGGGGCGGUACGAGCAUGUGUUUGAGACGACGACUGCUGGUGUUACUAUCCAGUCGCCACAGUUGGACAUCAACACGGUCGCGGCGGGCGGCGGAUCCAUGCUUUUCUGGAAGAAUGGGCUGUUUGUCGUGGGCCCCGAGUCUGCUGGUGCACAUCCAGGUCCUGCGUGCUAUCGAAAGGGGGGUCCGGCGACUGUGACUGAUGCCAAUCUCUAUCUCGGCCGUUUGCUUCCUGAAUUCUUCCCCAAGAUCUUUGGCGAGAAUGAGGACCAAGGGCUUGACCCCGAGGCCAGUAAGAAGGUCCUGCAGGAACUGGCAGACCAGGUUAACAAGGAGACUGGAAAGAGUAUGAGCGUCGAUGAGGUGGCGUACGGGUUCUUGACUGUUGCGAAUGAGACUAUGACGAGACCCAUCAGGUCAAUUACGGAAGCCAAGGGCCACGAUUCUUCCAAGCACCGCUUGGCGACAUUUGGUGGUGCUGGUGGACAGCACGCUGUUGCCAUUGCCGAAGCCCUCGGCAUCCAGCAGAUUCUUAUUCACAGGUACUCUUCUGUAUUGUCAGCCUACGGCAUGGCACUCGCGGACGUCGUCGACGAGCGCCAGGAGCCCGAUUCCAAGGUCUGGGAGUACCCCGGCAAGGCAGUGGACGAGCUGAAGAGCAAGAUGGAGAAGCUCAAAGACAAGUCCCGCAAGUCAUUGCGUGACCAGGGCUUCGAGGAAAAGGAAAUCGUGUUUGAGGAGUACCUCAACAUGAGGUACCGCGGUACCGAGUCGGCGUUGAUGAUUAUUAGACCGGAUCAGGACGAGCAGAAGGACGCAAAGGACUGGGAUUUUGGCACGGCUUUCAUUCAGCAGCACCGCUAUGAGUUUGGGUUCACCCUCGACGAUCGAGACAUUAUUGUCGAUGACGUGCGCGUCCGCGGCAUUGGAAAGAGCUUUAGGCAUGCGGAAAAGACAGUGGACCAGCAGCUCAAGGAGUUGAAGAGAAAGGAUGUGGAACAGAGCAAGGCGCAUAACCGACAGCAGGUGUAUUUUGAGGAGGGCCGACUCGAUACCCCGGUGUACAAGCUUGAAGACUUGAGCACUGGGGAGACUAUCAAAGGACCUGCCAUGCUGGCGGAUGGCACGCAGACUAUUGUGGUCACGCGAAAGGCUACUGCACUGGUUCUCGAUACUCAUGUUGUUAUCGACAUUGAGAAGGAAGGAUCCAAAGAAGAUGGGGCGUCCAAGAACCAAGGCGAACGAGAAGUCGACCCGAUUAUGCUGAGCAUUUUCGGUCAUCGAUUCAUGGCUAUUGCGGAACAAAUGGGCAGAGCACUCCAGAAAACCAGCGUCAGCACCAACGUCAAGGAGAGACUCGACUUCUCCUGCGCCAUCUUUGACGCGACGGGCGGUCUCGUAGCUAAUGCGCCCCAUCUUCCCGUUCAUCUGGGCUCAAUGUCCACCUGCGUUAAGCGGCAAGCCGAAAUCUGGAAAGGUGAUUUGAAGAAGGGCGACGUCAUCAUUUCCAACCAUCCUUCAUACGGAGGCACCCAUUUGCCGGAUAUCACCCUCGUGAUGCCGGCUUUCAACGAUAAGGGCGACAAGAUCCUCUUCUACGCGGCCUCAAGAGCGCAUCAUGCGGACAUCGGAGGUAUCACGGCUGGUAGUAUGCCCCCUCACUCAAAGGAGCUCUUCCAGGAGGGUGCUGCAAUCAAGAGCGAGAAGCUUGUCAGCGAAGGACGUUUCGACGAAAAAAGAGUGACGGAGUUGUUGUAUAACGAACCUGCACAGUAUCCCGGUUGCAGCGGAACCCGAUGCUUAGCUGACAACAUCAACGACCUGAGAGCCCAGGUCUCCGCGAAUCAAAAGGGUAUCGCAUUGAUUGAGGGUCUCAUUGCGGAGUACGGUGAGGAGACUGUGCAGUUCUACAUGGUUCACAUCCAGAAUAACGCUGAGCUGUGCGUCCGCACCCUGCUGAAGGAGGUUAGCAAGCGAUUUGAAGGUAAAGAUCUGCAGGCUGUGGACUUCAUGGACGAUGGCAGCCCGAUUCGGCUCAAGGUCACUAUCGACGCUGACAAGGGCGAGGCGGUCUUUGACUUUGAAGGCACCGGGCCCGAAGUUUACGGCAACGUCAACGCCCCUGAGGCCGUGACGUACAGCGCGAUCAUCUACUGCCUUCGGUGUCUCAUUUCGGAGGACAUACCCCUGAACCAGGGAUGCCUAAAGCCCAUCAACGUCAAGAUCCCGCCCAAAUCGUUGCUGUCGCCAUCAGACGGCGCGGCGGUCGUAGGCGGCAACGUCCUGACGAGCCAGCGCGUGACGGACGUCAUCUUCAAGGCCUUCCAGGCGUGUGCGGCAAGCCAGGGCGACUGCAACAACCUCACGUUCGGGUUCGGCGGCAACGUGACGGGGCAGAAGGAGGUAAAAGGUUUCGGGUACUACGAGACGAUUGCGGGCGGCAGCGGCGCGGGACCGACCUGGGAGGGCACGAGUGGUGUACAUACGCACAUGACGAAUACUCGUAUUACAGACUCGGAAGUAUUUGAGAGGCGGUAUCCCGUGAUUCUGAGGGAGUUUUCGUUGAGGAAGGGAUCUGGUGGUGACGGGCAGCAUAGGGGCGGUGAUGGCGUCGUGAGGGACAUCGAGUUCCGGAUCCCCGUGCAGGUGUCGAUUCUGAGCGAGAGGCGGGUGUAUAGGCCGUAUGGGCUCGCUGGCGGCGAUGACGCUGAGACCGGGUUGAAUGUGUGGGUGAGAAAGGUUGAGAAGGGGAGCUGGGAGAAGUCGUUGAAGAGGUUGAAGGGUGCUUCUGGGGAGGCGAAGGGAGAUGAGGAGGUGGAGUAUGAGGAGCGGAGGUUCAAUCUGGGAGCGAAGAAUAGCGCGCCGAUGAAGCCUGGGGAGAGGAUCAUCAUCAACACGCCUGGUGGUGGUGGUUGGGGUAAGGUUGGGGCUGAGAAGGGGGUUAGUAGCAAGAAGGACCCGACGGAUGGGUGGAGGAAGGGGAGUCAUGCGAAUAGGGAGGAUACUGCUCUGCAGGUCUAGGAGGAGCUUCAAUGGUAAUCUCUCAGGAUCGUUUCAAAGUAAGCUCGUUUGCGUGUAGGUAGGAAAGCCCCUUUCACGUUGACUUUGCCGACUGGCUCGACGCACG